AACACAAACCCACAAUGGGAAAACGGGGUUGGGUGGCUCAACCGCUUUCUGUAUAUAGUUUUGGCUUCCUCCUCUGCCUUUCCAUGCCACUGCCUCUGCAUUUUUUGUUUCAGCCUCUGCCCCUGCCUCUGCCUCUAUUACUGGUUCUAUAUGCCCUUUUAUCCUCCGAUAAUUAUCUUCACAGAACUGCUUGAUUAUCAGAGAUAUCGAGAAGAUUAGUAACCAUGAUUACGAGGAGAUUAUGCUUGCGCAAUUUGGUUGAAUCUUUUAGACUUGGUUCUUCAAUGUCCAAGCUCGGAUGUCGCUAUAACUUAGCAUUUCUGUCAUCAUCUUCUCUGCCACAAGCACGUGAACAAUUUGUUUAUAGCGACGAUGAAAGUGCUGAUGUGGACUGGGAUAAUCUUGGAUUUGGUCUAGUGCCAACUGAUUACAUGUACAUCAUGAAAUGUGCCAAAGAAGGGAAUUUCGAGCAGGGUCAACUUAAUCGCUAUGGAAAAGUUGAGCUCAGCCCUUCUGCAGGGGUUCUCAAUUAUGGGCAGGGAUUGUUUGAAGGUAUAAAAGCAUGUAGAAAAGAAGAUGGACGACUUCUUCUCUUUCGUCCAGAUCAGAAUGCAAUUCGAAUGAAGAUUGGUGCUGAAAGAAUGUGCAUGCCUUCACCCUCGGUUGACCAAUUUGUCGAUGCUGUCAAACAAACCGUCCUGGCUAAUAAGCGUUGGGUUCCACCCCCUGGAAAAGGGUCUCUGUACGUUAGGCCUUUGCUGAUGGGAAGUGGUCCUGUAUUGGGUUUAGCACCAUCUCCAGAACAUACUUUCCUUGUAUAUGCUUCCCCUGUAUGCAACUAUUUCAAGGAGGGCUUUGCGCCGUUGAAUUUAUAUGUGGAGGAUGAGUUCGACCGUGCCUCUCCUGGUGGAACUGGAGGUGUCAAAGCGAUUUCGAAUUAUGCCCCUGUGUUGAAAGCACAAAUCAGAGCAAAGAACAGAGGAUUUUCAGAUGUUUUAUAUCUGGACACGGUGAAUAAGAGAUAUGUAGAGGAGGUCUCUUGUUGUAACAUUUUCAUUGUGAAGGGCAAUAUGAUUGCAACACCUGCUACAAAUGGGACUAUACUUGCAGGAGUAACUAGAAGAAGCAUCAUUGAGAUUGCUGGUGAUCAUGGUUAUCAGGUUGAGGAACGCCGAGUAGCGGUGGAUGAAUUGAUGGACGCUGAUGAAGUGUUCUGCACUGGAACUGCUGUAGGCGUUGCCUCUGUAGGCAGCAUUACAUACCAUAACACAAAGGUUGAAUUCAGAACUGGUGCUAAGACAGUGAGCGCAGAACUAUACUCAGAUUUGGUUGGGAUUCAAAAGGGCUUGUCGGAGGAUAAGAAGGGCUGGAUUGUUGAAAUUGAUUGAGAUUAUUUAUCUUAAUCAACCAAUACCAUGUAAACUGUACAGAAAGAUGUAUCAUCCAUAUAUUAAUUACUCUUCUAAUCAGUUUCUAGAACUAUAUAAGAUUAGGUGUGUUUCAAUCCCUGUACUUUUAAAUCUUCCUUUCCGCUAUAGGAAGGCUCCCCAAGAAGGGAAAAAAAAAAAAAGCCUUGUAUGCAAUUAUGCUGAUUACCUAUUGAAAUAUAUAGAACCUUAGAUAUAAACAAA